AGGUCUUCAGCCCGGGCUAACCAGCUAACUUCUUUCCAGACUUCACGAAACAACUCGUCAAUUCAUCAAACCUCGACCGAGAUGGAUGACUGGAGUGUGGCCGAAUUGAAGGCAGCCCUGCCUAAGGAACCUGCUGCUCCAUCCACCACCCAGGAUGCCCCUCCACCUGCUGUUGAGGGUGCUGCACCUUCUGCUUCUGAAGUCCCAAAGCUUUCUCGGCCUCCCAGUGGCUGGGGCGAUCCCGUGCCCUACGACUACACUGAGUCGGAUGUUAACCGCGAGUGGGGAAGCAGCGCCCAGGUGUAUGAGUGGGAUGGCGAGAUGGGCGAGGUUGGCCCCGAGAUUCCUGAGCUUGAGAAGCAGCUUUUCGGCUCCGUUGAGCAGCGAGAAGGCGCCGGCCUUGACUUCUCUGCCAUCGCCGAGAUUAACGUCACUCAGGAGGGUAUCACGCGUAUCCGUCCCAUCUGGAAAUUUGAGGAAGCCGGCCUUCACCCAGUCAUGUUGAAGAAUGUCGAGAUGGCCGGUUACAAGGAUCCUACACCGAUCCAAAAGUACGCACUUCCCGCUAUCAAGCUAGGCCAUGACUUGAUCGCGAUCGCCCAGACUGGUGAGUAUCUCGAGUCUACUCAAACAUUGCAACUAUAUGGGCCCCCUCCCGCUGACAUAGACGUUUCUAUCGUAGGCUCCGGAAAGACCGCCGCUUAUCUCGUGCCAAUCUUAAGUCACUUGAUGGGCAAGGCCAAGAAACUUGCUGCUCCGCGCCCCAGCGUCAAGGAGCGCGUGGAGGGAACUGCCCGACCAGUCCGAGCCGAGCCACUUGUCGUGAUCAUCUGUCCGGCCCGAGAGUUGGCAAUUCAGAUCUUCAACGAAGCACGCAAAUUCUGUUAUCGUACCAUGCUUCGUCCAUGCGUUGUAUAUGGUGGCGGACCCCACCAGGAGCAGCGAGUCCAGCUCCAGAACGGUUGCGACAUUCUCAUUGGCACCCCGGGCCGCCUCGUGGAUAUGAUGGAGCGGUCGGAUGUGCUGAGUUUUCGCCGAAUCCAGUAUAUGGUGAUCGACGAAGCCGACGAGAUGCUUGAUGUGGACUGGCAGGUCGAGCUCAACAAGAUCAUGUCUGGUGGAGAACAAGAUGAGGGCAAUGUGAAAUACAUGCUCUUCUCGGCCACAUUCCCUGCGCCCGUCCGAAAGCUAGCCAAAUCACAUCUGUCCGAGUCGCACGUCCGUAUCCGUGUCGGUCGUAUCGGCAGCACUCAUGCCAAUAUCAAGCAAGAUGUCAUCUUCGUGUUGCCGCACCUGAAGAACCAGGCCCUCCACGACCGCAUCGUUUCGGCCCCGCCCGGCCGAACAAUCAUCUUCGUCAAUAAUAAGCGCACGGCAGACGAGGUCGACGACUAUCUCUUCCAGAGAAACUGGCCGUGCACUUCGAUGCAUUCUGACCGCACCCAGCGUGAGAGAGAGGAUGCGAUGAGGGCCUUCCGCAGUGGAAAGUCGCCUGUUCUCAUCACGACUGGUGUGACUGCCCGUGGUAUCGACGUGCGCAACGUGAAGCACGUAAUCAACUAUGACCUCCCGAGCAUGGAUCACGGCGGCAUCCAGGAAUACAUUCACCGUAUUGGUCGAACGGGCCGGAUCGGAUUUACGGGCCUCGCAACAUCUUUUUACACCGACCGCGACGAGCCCAUCGCUCAGCAGCUUGUCAUGACUCUGAUGGAGACAAAGCAAGAAGUCCCCGACUUCCUCCGGGAGUACAUCCCCGAGGGCGUCGAUCCAGCCAACUUCAAGAUCGAAGAUGACAAUAGCGAGGCUAGUGAUGGCGAGGGAGUGGGUGACGGAGAUGUUGAAGGCGAUGGUUGGGGCACCGGAACCUGGGGUGAGGGUGCCAACGACGACGAAAAGGAGGAGCAGUGGUAAAUGUGGUUGGUUCAACCGACUAUUUUGCAAAUUCUGGUAGAUCUGUUGUCGUCUCAACCCCUCUCAGUAGUUCUGCAUCGUUGAGAAAGCCCGCAGCUUCAUAGCAAACCGCAGUUUCUAAAGACGACUCAGUUGCUUAGUAUGAAAGGGCAGCUCUAUGUAGAUAGCUGCUAGAGGGGGGAGGGGGGCGCAUUGUGUAUAGAGUCAGGAAUCUCUGAUUAAUUCACUCCGUUC